UAAAGGCUCCAGCAACCGCAGCCGUCGGGUCGCGGAGGCUUUCACUUUGCCGCCGCGUCUGGGCGGCGGGAGGAGCGGGUUGGGCGGCUGGCUUUCAAGACUUCAGGUUCUGGCAGCGCCGAGGGGGCGCUCCUAGUGCAGCCCUCCCGGCUCGAGGCUUCUCUGCCGAGGCGCCCGUGCCCCCGGGCUCCUCGCCUUGGCCCCAGCGGCCCCGAUGCCGAGGCAUGGAUAGAGCGGCGUUGCGCGCGGCGGCUAUGGGCGAGAAGAAGGAGGGCGGCGGUGGGGGCGCCGCGGCGGCCGCGGACGGGGGCGCAGGGGCCGCGGCCAGCCGGGCACUGCAGCAGUGCGGCCAGCUACAGAAGCUCAUCGAUAUCUCCAUCAGCAGUCUGCGCGGGCUGCGCACCAAGUGCUCUGUGUCCAACGACCUCACGCAGCAGGAGAUCCGGACCCUGGAGGCAAAGCUGGUGCGGUACAUCUGCAAGCAGCGGCAGUGUAAGCUGAGUGUGACCCCCAGCGACAGGACUGCCGAGCUCAACAGCUACCCACGCUUCAGUGACUGGCUAUACAUCUUCAACGUGAGGCCCGAGGUGGUGCAGGAGAUUCCCCAAGAGCUAACACUGGAUGCCUUGCUGGAGAUGGACGAGUCCAAGGCAAAGGAGAUGCUGCGGCGCUGGGGGGCCAGUGCUGAGGAGUGUAGCCGGCUACAACAAGCUCUCACCUGCCUAAGGAAGGUGACCCGCCUGGGAGGGGAGCACAAAGAGGACUCUGGUUGGAGUUCGGCAGAUGCACAACGGGAAAGUAGUUCCGGUUCUUCAGUGGACACGCUCUCCCCUCUGGGCAGAGCGGGUGCUGGCACUCAGGGCCCUCGUUCCGUCUCCGUGUCAGCCCUGCCUGCCUCAGACUCUCCAGUCCCUGGCCUCAGUGAGGGCCUCUCGGACACCUGUAUUCCCUUGCACACCGGUGGCUGGCUGAACCCCCGGGCCCUGCACAGCUUCAUCACACCCCCUACCACACCCCAGCUACGACGGCACACCAAGCUGAAGCCACCAAGGACACCCCCACCCCCAAGCCGAAAAGUCUUCCAGCUGCUGCCCAACUUCCCGACACUCACUCGCAGCAAGUCCCACGAGUCCCAGCUGGGAAACCGGAUCGAUGAGGUCUCCCCAAUGAGGUUUGAUCUCCCUCAUGGAUCGCCACAGCUGGUACGAAGGGAUAUCGGGCUCUCAGUGACACACAGGUUCUCCACAAAGUCUUGGCUGUCGCAGGUUUGCAAUGUGUGCCAGAAGAGUAUGAUGUUCGGAGUCAAGUGCAAACACUGCAGGUUGAAAUGUCACAACAAGUGCACCAAGGAAGCCCCUGCCUGCAGAAUAUCCUUCCUCCCACUAGCCAGGCUUCGGAGGACAGAGUCUGUCCCCUCAGACAUCAACAACCCAGUGGACAGAGCAUCAGAACCCCAUUUUGGAACCCUUCCCAAGGCCCUGACGAAGAAGGAGCAUCCUCCAGCCAUGAACCUGGACUCCAGCAGCAACCCAUCCUCCACCACAUCCUCCACACCCUCAUCACCAGCGCCCUUCCUGACCUCAUCUAACCCCUCCAGUGCCACCACGCCCCCCAACCCAUCACCUGGCCAGCGGGACAGCAGGUUCAACUUCCCAGCUGCCUACUUCAUUCAUCAUAGACAGCAGUUUAUCUUUCCAGACAUUUCAGCCUGUCCUCAGGCAGCCCCGCUCUCCAGCACAACCGACACUACACGGCUCGAGGACCAGCCCAAAGCAGAAGUGCUGGGUGUCCAUGAAGCAGAGGCUGAGGAGCCUGAGGCUGGCAAGUCUGAGGCAGAAGAUGAUGAGGAUGAGGUGGAUGAUCUCCCCAGCUCCCGCCGGCCCUGGCGGGGCCCCAUCUCUCGAAAAGCCAGCCAGACUAGUGUGUACCUACAGGAGUGGGACAUCCCUUUUGAACAGGUGGAACUAGGCGAACCCAUUGGGCAGGGCCGCUGGGGCCGGGUGCACCGAGGCCGAUGGCAUGGCGAGGUGGCCAUUCGGCUGCUGGAGAUGGACGGCCACAAUCAGGACCACCUGAAGCUGUUCAAGAAAGAGGUGAUGAACUACAGGCAGACCAGGCAUGAGAACGUGGUGCUCUUCAUGGGAGCUUGCAUGAACCCACCCCACCUGGCCAUCAUCACCAGUUUCUGCAAGGGGCGGACAUUGCACUCAUUCGUAAGGGACCCCAAGACAUCUCUGGACAUCAACAAGACGAGGCAGAUUGCCCAGGAGAUCAUCAAGGGCAUGGGGUAUCUUCAUGCCAAGGGCAUCGUGCACAAAGACCUCAAGUCCAAGAAUGUCUUUUAUGACAAUGGCAAAGUGGUCAUUACAGACUUUGGGCUGUUUGGGAUCUCUGGCGUGGUCCGGGAAGAACGGCGUGAGAACCAACUGAAGCUGUCCCAUGACUGGCUGUGCUACCUGGCCCCUGAGAUUGUACGAGAAAUGGCACCGGGGAGGGAUGAGGACCAGCUGCCCUUCUCCAAAGCUGCUGAUGUCUAUGCGUUCGGGACUGUGUGGUAUGAACUACAGGCAAGAGAGUGGCCCUUUAAACACCAGCCUGCAGAGGCCUUGAUCUGGCAGAUUGGAAGUGGGGAAGGAGUGAGGCGCAUUCUGGCAUCCGUCAGCCUGGGGAAGGAAGUCGGCGAGAUCCUGUCUGCGUGCUGGGCUUUCGACCUGCAGGAGAGACCCAGCUUCAGCCUGCUGAUGGACAUGCUGGAGAAGCUGCCCAAGCUGAACAGGCGGCUCUCCCAUCCUGGGCACUUUUGGAAGUCUGCUGACCGGAGGAGCCGCUACUACGGGAAAGGACGCUGUGACUUUAAGAGCUCCUGUCCGGUUCUGGAGGAGUACAUUAACAACAGCAAAGUCAUGCCCCGCUUUGAAAGGUUUGGCCUGGGGGCCCUGGAGCCCAAUAAUCCAAAGAUGUAGCCGGCCAUGCACGUUCGUGCAGAGGUAUCUUCCUUUCUGAAACAUGAUUAUAAAACACGCAAACCACCACCACGAGGAAUCAGAGAAGCCUUGCAUGGCAAGCUACCGACCAGGAGUACCACUCCUCCAUGAAGAGUGCGUGUUACAGAGGUGUGUAGGGCUCAGGAUUGGAGCCAUACAUGCCGCUCCAGAUGACACCAUUACAGCCAGUGUUUGCACAGAGGUUUUUGCACUGCAGGCUUGGUGUUUUACAAUAAUCAAUAACUCUGCAGAAGGGGUGCUGGCACUUCAGAGCAACAGAAAUGCCCCCCACAACCCCUCGUCUAAGACCCUGCAGCAGCGAGGGGCCCAGGGUUGAGCGAGAAGAAGGAAAAGCUGCAUGAAUGUGGCUCUUCUGGGGAAA